GAGGCGGCUGGGGCGUGUGAACGGCUCGGCCUGCUGCGUGUUGACGCGGUCCCUACGGGGCUCGGUCGGGCACUGAGCCGCGCGGACGGCCUCGCCCGAGCGGGCCCGCGCUCCGAGGCCGGCGCUUCGGCGCACCCAUCCGCUGUCCGGAUCCGGGCACAGCGCGGCCCGGGCAGGCCGUCCUCCCACGUCCGCCGCGGCGCGGGGAGCCGAGCCGAGCCGAGCGAGAGGAGGCGCGGAGGCCGGGGCUGGGGGCCCGCGCCCCGCCGCCGCCCGCGAUGCUGCUCUCCAAGUUCGGCUCCCUGGCGCACCUGUGCGGACCAGGCGGCGUGGACCAUCUCCCAGUGAAGAUCCUGCAGCCAGCCAAGGCGGAUAAGGAAAGCUUCGAGAAAGUGUACCAGGUGGGCGCCGUGCUGGGCAGCGGCGGCUUUGGCACCGUCUACGCGGGCAGCCGCAUCGCCGACGGGCUCCCGGUGGCCGUGAAGCACGUGGUGAAGGAGCGGGUGACCGAGUGGGGCAGCAUCGCCGGCGCGGCUGUGCCCCUGGAGGUGGUGUUGCUGCGCAAGGUGGGCGCGGCCGGCGGCGCGCGCGGGGUCAUCCGCUUGCUGGACUGGUUCGAGCGGCCUGACGGCUUCCUGCUGGUACUCGAGCGACCUGAACCGGCGCAGGACCUUUUCGACUUCAUCACGGAGCGCGGCGCGCUCGACGAGGCCCUGGCGCGCCGCUUCUUCGCGCAGGUGCUGGCCGCCGUGCGCCACUGCCACAGCUGCGGGGUCGUGCACCGCGACAUCAAGGACGAGAACCUGCUGGUGGACCUGCGUUCGGGCGAGCUCAAGCUCAUCGACUUCGGUUCGGGCGCGCUGCUCCGCGACACGGUCUACACCGACUUCGACGGCACCCGCGUGUACAGCCCUCCCGAGUGGAUCCGCUACCACCGCUACCACGGGCGCUCGGCCACCGUGUGGUCGCUGGGCGUGCUGCUCUAUGACAUGGUGUGCGGGGACAUUCCCUUCGAGCAGGACGAAGAGAUUCUCCGGGGCCGCGUCUUCUUCCGCAGGAGGGUCUCCCCAGAGUGCCAGCAGCUCAUUCAGUGGUGUCUGUCCCUGCGGCCCUCCGAGCGGCCCUCGCUGGACCAGAUCUCUGCCCACCCCUGGAUGUUGGGGGCAGAGGAGGAGGGCACCCCAGAGAGCCGUGACCUGCGGCUCUGCGCCCUGGACACCGACGACGGCGCCAGCACCACCUCCAGCAGCGAGAGCUUGUGAGGAGGGGGCCGGCACUUGGCUCGUGCGGGCCCUGCCGUGGAGUCCCUCUGCCUGGGCUCUCUGCUCCUUGCGAAAGCAGCGAUCUCUGACCCCUGGUGACCUUUGCCUUUGGCACCGGCCCGGUUCCUUUGCUUUGAGUGCCUUUUCGAACGCUGCUCUCACGGGACUUGGUUUUCUCAAGCUCUGUGCGUCCAAUAACACUCGGGUCCAAGCCAGGUCCCGCCUGCCCAGGGCCGGUCCUUGACCCCAGACCGUCCCUCUCCCGUGCUGCUCCGGCGGCGCCUCCGCGUCUGCCGUGCUGGACCAGGAGUGCCCCCGCGUCCCGUGGCCUCAUCUCAGCGGGCACAGGCCCCUCGUGCCCCCGCCCCACCCGCGUGUGUCGGUGUUGGUCGGGCACGUCUGCACAAGCCCUGCGACGUCCUGGCCUCCGCUGCCCGCCUGCCCGACGCGCGUGCGCGUACAGACGUCUUAUUUAUGAUGUGACCCCGCAGAGGGCUAUUUAUUGUUUAAUUUAUUUGUCGAGGUUCCUCUCCCACCAGCCCUGCCUCCACCAGCCCUGGCGGAGGAGGGGUGGCUGCGUGUGUAGACCCCGGGUCCCGAUCCCACCUGUGUGUGUCAGAGGGUGCACUUGUGCAGUGACUAAUUUAAGGGGAGCAGGAGACCCAGCCACCUUGUGGCUCUGCACCCUCCUUCGAGGGCUGGGUUUAAAUUAUUGACCUUGUAUAGUGUGCUUGUUGCUCUGGAGGCUGGGGGUGGGGGGACAGAGUCUCAAGCCUUUAAUUUAUUUUCACGGCUGUGUUUCUGUGAUCCCGUGUGUGUAGGCGCCGUGGAUGGGGCUUGCUUUCAGUUCAAAAGCGAGGUGUCUGAAAAUCAUAUUUUUUUAUACAGGUAUUUCAAUUAAAUUGUUUUGUAUUAAAA